AUGGUUCCUAACAUCAAAGAAACGUACGAAAAUCUUAACUUACUUUUUGACUUGGUAAAAAUAAACAAGAUAUCCUUUAAAUUUCUUUCUGACUUUAAAAUAAUUCUAAUGGUUAAUGGCUUACAGACAGCAACAUCGUCCUACCCAUGCCCUUAUUGCUGCAUUUCGUUAAAAGAACUUCGAUCAUACAGUGAAUAUCAUAAAGAGUUGCGCUCCUAUGGCGAUAAUACACUACAUUUUAAUAAAUUUGACUUAAUUUUUGAAAAAAAGUUAAAACGUGGAAAUGAAUCUUUUAGUACUAUCAAUAAAGCCAUUUUCAAAGAAGAAGAUGACGUUAAAAUUUUCAAGAAAUGUAUUAUUCCGGAACUUUAUCUUUUGCAAAGAUUUAUUAAUCAUUUAUUUUUUAAAGGACUUUUACCACUGCUAGGCAAAGAAAACGCAUUAAAAUGUCCUAAACAGCUACACUUAGUCACGAAAAAUUAUCAAGGAGAACUUUUUGAAGGGAAUGCCUGCAGAAAGUGGUUGAAAAAUGCAGAAGAUUUAAAGUCAAAAGGGAUAUUAGUCAACCUGGAAGAAGUUUAUGGUAUACCCUUUGUUGUGGCUUUCAACACAAUGAAUCGUAUUGUUGAAAAGUGUUUUGGUUCGAAGCUGCUUUGUACCUUAAGUAAACUGAAGGCUGACAUGUCACUUUUGAAAGCAGUUUUAAAGGGCGCAGGAGUCUCGCAGACCCUUUGGAGCAUCUUGUAG